UCCGGCUGCUCGCAGCUCGCUGCGUGUCCACUCCUCCGCGCGUCCCCGCACCAGACUCCGCCCAGGCCCACGCCGCGCGGCUUUCAGAAGCGCCAAGAGGCCAGCGCGCCAGCUUCUGAGUAGGCUUGGAGCUGGGGGCGCCCUGAGGUUUGGGGAAAGACGGAAGAGGUCGAAAGGGAGGCACUUCAUGCUCUCGGGCCUCACGGCUUGGCUGCCUCCCAACUUCCCCGCGGACGGGUUUUCCUCAUUUACUCCCCUGCCCAUGGGACUUCCUAGACCGAUGCGACAGCCAGGAGGAGCCCUCUCUGCAACACUCCGAAGGGCACACAGGUCAGGACCUGUGGGCUAACUUUAUGGGUAGGAGGAAGAUUGCUCAUGCCAGUGUCGACGAAAACGGAGCGCGAGUUUAUCCAGGAGCUGCGGAGGCAGGACCGCCGCAGGACCCGCUGGGUGGGAGGGAGGUGAAAGGGAGGCCCCGACUUCCAGAAAGCUGUCUUCCACUUUCCGCUGGAGUAUUCGAGAACCCCGCCCACGCGCUCUCGCUCCGCGCCGCCUUGCUUCCAGGUGUUUCGCGGCCGCGCCUCCCCGCCCCCGGCCCUCCCCGGUGGCGUGCAGGUUCAGUCCCGAGGUGGCCUGGCCGGGAGCCGGCCCCUGGCCCGCAUCCUCCUCCCACUUCGCCCUGGCAGCCGCUAAAACCCCGAGGCACCCACGUGGAACUGUGUUUUCUUCUGAAGCCUGGGGCGGGCGCUGCGCGCUGUCAAGAAUUAAAGGUGUUAAGUCGCCAGAGGAGUUUUGAGCUGAGGGUUCGCGACCCAGACAGGUCCCGAGGCCAGCCGGCUUCAUGGAGCCCCAGGGGGCGCAGCUGCUAACUUUGGAGGAGCAGGGACCCGCGCCCUUUGGAGACCCGCAACCAGCCGAGGAGCUGCCCGCCGGGAGGACCCUCUGCAUGGAAGAUGGCAGGGACAGCAGCGACAUAGCGGAGUCCGAGAGCCCCGACGCCGAACCCUUGUCUCUGGAGGAGGAGGCUGCCAUCCAGGAGCAGGAGGAACUACUGGAUUACCGCCGCCGCCUCCGCGCGCGUUCCUUUUCUCUGCCCGCCGACCCGAUCUUGCAGGCGGCCAAGCUCCUGCAGCAGCGACAGCAGCUUGCCCUGACGCUGGGUGCGGAGGACGGCGACAGGGCCGAGGACGCGCCUCACAGCCCGGGUGGCUGCUGCGCCAAGUGCAAGAAGCGGGUGCAGUUCGCGGACGCGCUGGGGCUGAGCCUGGCGAGCGUGAAACACUUCAGCCAGGCCGAGGAGCCGCAGGUGCCGCCAGCCGUGUUCUCCCGCCUCCGCAGCUUCCCCAUGAGCGCCGAGGACCUGCAGCAGCUUCCCGGCCUUAUGGCAGCGGCCGCCGCCGCGCCCCUCUCCGCGCAGUCUCCUGGGCUCCGGCCACUCUUCGAGCUUCCCGGGCCGAGCGCCGCAGCAGAGCGCCUGCAGCAGCAGCGCGUGUGCUUGGAGCGCGUGCACUGUUCGGCACCCUGGGGCGCGGAAGUGACAGGCUCUGGACGGGUUCUGGACUGCCCUGGGCCGAGAGCCGUGGCCGUGCGCUACACUUUCACGGAGUGGCGCUCCUUUAUGGACGUGCCCGCCGAGCUGCAUCCUGAGCCAGUGGAGUCACAGGGGCCAGAGGCGCUGUCGGGGGAACCUGGGCCCGCGGGUGCCGAGGAGGAGCCGGGCGUCCAGCGUUUCCACUUCUCGCUGUGCCUGCCUCCGGGCCUGCAGCCCAAGGAAGGAGAAAACACGGACGCGCCGAACGUCGCCGUCCACUUCGCGAUCUGCUACCGCUGCGCCCAAGGCGAGUACUGGGACAACAACGCAGGGGCCAACUACACGCUGCGCUACAUGCGCCCAGCGGACGCUCUCUGAGCGCUGGGCGUGGUCCUCGGCCCCCUGCACUGCCCCGGAGCGCUUCGAGGGACCGUGGGAAGGCGACUGCGCCGGGUGACUUGCCCGGACGAUUUGCUGAGCAUCGUCCGUCCACCUGGAGUGAGGGGAGCAUGGAAGGAAAGGAUGUUGCCGCUCAAUCAUAAACUUGCAUCCAGACAGACCCUGCGAGCACAGCAUGGCUAGACCGGGCAAAGCACCUAACCUCCCUGCCACUUUUCUCGUUGCUUAGAUCUUCCUGGCAGGCCUUUUGAAGUCUCCCUCCUCGGUCUGAAUGGGAAGAAAUCCUUAAGACUCUGAGCACUAGUUUUCUCUAAGAAAAAGGCUUCUGACUCCUGAGUGGGGCUGGUAGACCUCGGGAUGUGUUUUUAACAGUAGACACCGUGUUUUAGUCUUUGCGGCUUGCUGGAGACCCCCCAGGUCUCAGGGAAAGGACAUAGUAUCCCACCACAUUGCACCACGGGAAGGCGCUGGACUGUGGGUCCGCGCAGGAGCCUUCCCACUGGCGUUUGUUUCUCAGAGAAAACCGGAUGGGGCCCUGGCCCGCUAUCCUUUACUUUUAACUGGGAACUGGGAGAUGUUUGCCCAGACUUGAUGUUAUUUACUUGUGCCUUUGUGUACAAAUGUCCCUUAAAAAAGUAAAGGCCACUUGCACACCCUUUUAUGCUGUACUUUAUAUUUCAGCUCCUGGGGUUUUGGGAAGUCUUGGCAGACAGGCGAUCUUCCUCAGCUGAUGAUGCGUGCAGUUUAACAAUAAACAACGGUAUUUCCGAAUUUCCUUUCUUCUGUCCUUCCUCUCUGAUGUGAAA